UUGAAAACCCGGUCUGAAUAACGAAGGGAGGAGGGGCGGAGUGGUCUCAUUGAGCGCCUUCGUUUCGCGGACGCCUAAAGGGAAAUAACGAGAACGGCCGGCGGGCGAGCCUGAACCCACCUCGGAAUUUGGGGAGAGCAGGAAGGCAGGCGCCCCUCAGAAAGGAGGCGGGGGCAGAGAAGGCCCGCGACCAGGCUUUGUUCUGAGCGGGGAAUGCCCUGCUUCCCCAGGCGCUCCCGGGCCACGGCUGGUUCUCCCUCAGGGCGGCAAACAAUGGUAGAGGAAUAGCAGGAGCCCCGUCCGUCCCUCGUCUGUUUGGCCGCCUUCGGGAAUCUGCCGCUUUUGUCCGGCGAUGCUUUCGGUCUGAAGGAGGAGAACAUCUUCUCCUUCGGCCUCGGCGAAGAGAACGGGCAAGUCUGCGCAGGGGAGGCCCUGAUGCCCACAAACCUGGUUAUCUUGGCAAUCUGGAGAAUCGACAGAAAAUGCAAAACAGUGAAGUAAUAAAGCCUGCCAAAUACUUCUCUGAAGUGGAGAAGAGUGUGCUACUGGCACUAGUUGAGAAAUAUAAAUAUGUACUUGAAUGUAAAAAAAGUGAUGCAAGAACUAUUGCAUUGAAACAACGGACCUGGCAGGCACUUGCUCAUGAAUAUAAUUCUCAACCAAGUGUUUCUCUCCGAGACUUCAAACAGUUAAAGAAAUGCUGGGAGAAUAUCAAGGCACGGACAAAGAAAAUAAUGGCACAUGAAAGACGAGACAAGGUAAAAAGAUGUAUUAGUCCACUUAUAAGUAAUCACAUCUUAGGGAAAGAGAAGAUCGCCAGCAUGGUGCCUGAGCAAAUGUACUUUUUACAGAACACACCAGAAGAAGAUUCUGAAUAUCAUCCUGAAGCUUCUAGCCAAGAACCUUUCACUGUUAUAAACAGAGAACUGUGUGACGAAGAGAAAGAACUUGUACAUUUCCAGGUAUGUGAAGGUACCUCACAACCAGAGCCCUCCUGUUCAGCUGUGAGAAUAACUGCAAAUAAAAAUUUCCGCAGUAAAGGUGUUCAAGAAAGUGAUCUGAAAAAGAUGCAUGAAGAAGAGCACCAUCAGCAAAUGUCCAUUUUGCAAUUGCAACUGAUCCAGAUGAAUGAAGUACAUGUGGCAAAGAUCCAGCAAAUAGAAAGAGAAUGUGAAAUGGCUGAAGAGGAACACAGAAUCAAGAUGGAGGUGCUCAACAAAAAAAAGAUGUACUGGGAGAGGAAACUUCAAACUGUUGCAAAAGAGUGGCCUGUAUCAUCUUUUAAUAGACCUUUUCCAAAUUCACCUUAAGAGAAUUCAGAAGCCAGCAGUAGAUUGAGCUCAUGUUACUGGCUUACAAGUAGGCAGUUGAAGUGGGGUCAAUUAAGCUAAAUUAAUAUUUUAGUAUGUGAAAAUAGCUGCUCAGUUGGCUGUGAACAAACAUUGGAGAAUACGUAAGUAAGUAAUGUGAUGUCUAUUGUCUAAAAACAUUGAGUAGUUGCAAUUAGAGUAGACCAAUUGAAUCAGUUAUUAAAUGGUGGAUCAAGUGAAUCUAACUGAUUCAGUAAGUCUACUCUAGUUAGAACUAACAGGAUUUAGCCCAUGGUCUUGGGAGUGCAAAGGGUAUUGUACUUCCUUAUGGGAUAUUCCAAUUUAUAUAGUGAUCCUCAAAGUCAUUUGACCUUCCUCUGUUGUCCAAUUUCGUUCUUGAAUGUUCUUUUUACCAGAUUGGGUGUUUUACAUCUAUUUCAGUUUGUUUCUGAGCUCAGAAAGACAUUUCUUGUUUAAAGGGUAGAGCUUGAUUUCCCUUUAUAAUUGUAUUUUGAGAUGAGGCUACUAGCCAUUUGUCAGUGACCCACAUAGAGGAGGAUGUAUGUGCUUGUACUCUGGAGUAUUUAGUGCAGGAACUCCAUGUUCCUUCAAAUGUUGUUGAAAUGCAAAUGCCAACAAUCCUUGUCAGUCGUGUUAUACUUCAAUAGUACCUAAAAGAUCUCACACUCCUAAUUUAAUAGAAGGUAUUUUAACUUCACAGUUGUUGCAUUGGAAAAGGUGAAUUCAGAGCUUUUAAACAAUCAGCUCACUGUUUGGCUACAGUUUCUGGUUACAAGAAAAAUGUCUUUCCAACCACACAUACAUGUGCACAUUUACACACACUUACCUAAUUAAUCAUUUAGGUUUGCCUUCAGUUCAAAUUAGACUGGCCAAAUUGGUAGUUACAUUUCUGAGAGAGAGAGAAAUAUUUUUCUGACAUCUUUCCUGCAGUGGAGAGAGAGACAUCAAGACAAUUAUUAUCAUGUGUGCCUUACAGUUUGAUCCUAUGCACAUCUAAUCCAAAGUAAGUGCACAUAAGAUCCCAACCAUAUUGUGGUUGCAUGCAGGGUAUCUACCAGAGUUACCAGGUGAUUCAGUUCAGCUCAUUUGGCUUUGCAUCAUGCUAGGAAAAACCAGUAUACCAUCUGGUGCAUGUCUGAUGCUUUUAUUUGCAUUACUGGAUUGCCCUCUUUAUGGUACAUAGACUUCUUCAUUUCCUGCCAGUGCUCUAAUUUGAGCCAGUAAGUGACUAAAGGAUUAAGCACAAACCAAACUGUAGAAAAAGUGCAGUUUAGUGAAUAACUUUUAGAAGAAGAAGAAAAACCAGAAUGCAUUGAAGUAUUCAUUAUGUGCAAAAACUCAAUGAGUGCAUAUGAGCUGGAAUUGGCUGUGGUUCCAUAUAUAUAUAUAUAAGCUGAAAAGUAAACUUUAAAGCUUCAAACUGUGUGAAAAAGCCUUUGAAGAGUUUUCAUCUUUGUUUACAAUUAGAUGGCAAGGAACAGAGAGAAACAACCCCAUGCUUCCAUAUACUGGACGGCAGAGAAGUAAAAAUAUUUCCAUUUUAAAUGAAGCACUAACUCUAAAUGUUCAUGAUUUCAUAGAAUAGUAAAGUUGGAAGGGACUAUAAGGCAAUUUGAUAAUUGAGCUUCUGUUUAAAGACCUCCAGAGAUGGGAGAGUCCAUUGCCCUUCAAGGUGACCUAUCCCACUGCCAAACAACUUGUACAAUAAAAAAUAUCUAGUUUUAUGUGGAAUCUCUUUUCAUGUUAUUUGAAUCCAUUAGUUCACAUUCUAGUCUCGGAGUACAAUUGGUUAAUAUUUAUGGGUUACUUUGUUUUACCUCUGAGCAGGUGAUUUUUGUUAUUGUUAUUCUCAGCAUGCUGUUUUUCCCUCUUAUCAGUCUAUUAGGUGCCAUGUAAUGUUUCGUUUUACAUUUGCAAGCUUUAAAAGGAUGGUUUCACUUUUCAAAUAAUUUAACUUCCUGACAAUUCUCUGGACUCUUGACUCCUCAGAUCAGUGGCAGCUUUCUUCUUUUCAAGAUGGUUAUCUUGUAACUGCUCAGGCUUCUCAUCUUCAAGAUAAAUCUAGCCAGCCCCCUAAGCCAUUCCUCAUGAAGCUUGGUUUCAAGACCUUUGAUCAUAUUGGUCAGUAUUCUUUGGACGUGUUCCAGCUUCUCAAUAUCCCGCUUUAACUAUUGUGCCCCAAACUGGACACAUUAUUCCAGUGAGGUUUGACCAAAACAGAAUGGAGUAGAACUUCUGUUUCCCUUUAUCUGGACAUUAUUGCUGAUUCAGCCUAGAAUUUAUUGUUUUUUUAGCUUGUCCUCGACUAAUAACCCUAGAUCUUUUUGGCAUGUACUGUUUUAAAGCUAAGUUUCACCUAUCCUGUAGUUGUUUCAUUUUUCCUACUUAGAUUAAAUAUUUAUAUUCAUCCCUGUUGGGGACAGACAGACAUUAUUUUAGUUUUUAGCCCAGCUCUCAAAUUGAACAAAGUAAUUUUCAGUUCUGUUUCUGUCUUCUGGGAUAUUCACUACCUCCCUCCAUUGCUCAUCACAUCUGCAAAUGUGAUAAGCAUGCCUUUCUAUUCCAUCAUUUAAGUAAUUUAUAAAGUUGUUAACACCAGGUCCCAAGACAGACCCCUGUGGUACUUAAGUCAUUACUUCUCUCCAGGAUGAAGAGUACUCAUUGGUAAGUGCUGUCUGGGUUCAUUCGUUCAAUCAGUUACAGAUCUGCUUAACUGUCUAGACUACAGUUAACCAGGGGGACCUUGACAAGGUAUAUAUAUCCACACUACUCCAUUGAUUUAUCAAGCUUAUAACUUCUCCAAAAAUAUUAAUUUGACAUGACCUGCCUCAUAAUUACUAUGGCUUUCUUAGUGCAUACGGACUGAAGAAUUAAUAAUCUGUUCUAAAAAAAAUCUAGAUAUCAACAUCAAAGUGAUUGAUAGUUACUCAGGUUCUUCUCCCACUCCCCUUUGAAGAUGGGGGACAACAUUUGCAUUCUUCCAGUCUGUUUCGCAAAAUUAUUGACAGGCUUUGAGAUUAGAUUUGCCAGUGUCUUGGAUGUAACUCAUCUCACCCUGGACAUCUGAAUUAAUUUAGAGCAUCAAGAUAUUUCUUUCUAUUUCUUUAGCUGUUUUGUGAUUUUGUCUCCUUACUGCAGGAUUUAUUAUAUUCACUAGGUAUGACAUUACUUUGUUUUUGAGAGAAAAUUGAAGCAAAGAGGGAAUUGAACAGUUCAGCAUUCUCCCUGACCUCUGUUAGCAUUUCACUAUCUUCUCGACACAGUGGCCUUACCAUUGCCUUGUUUUAUCUCAUGCUCCAAACAGCCAAAACACCCUACUUAUUAUUUGUGACAUCUCUAGUGAGUCUGAGGUCAUUCUGAGCUUUAGUUUUUCUGACCUUUCCUCUCCAAAUAUUGGUAUUGGUAGUUCCUUCUUUCUCCCAUUUCAUAUAUAUACAUCUUUUUUUAAAUCUAAGAAAAACAGAAAGUUAUUGGACUGUGUCCACCUUUGUUUCUUUACAAACCUCCACUUUUCUUCCUUGAAUUGUUUGCAACUGUGCUUACAUUAUCUCACCUUUAAGAAGCUCCUAUGCACCAUGAAUUCACUUCCCUUUGAGCAUUUCUGACCAUGAGAUCGCCACCAGUAUUUCCCUAAGCUUACAACAAUCUGAUUUUUGAUGUCCAUUUUGUUUAUCUGACUAUAUUUGGCUUUCCCCUUCCCCAGUAUAACAAAUCUCCUGAGGAUAUGAUCACUCCCACCCAAGGGUCCUGCGUUUUCCACGCCAUUGAUCAGUUCAUCUCUGUUGGUUAGAAUCAAAUUCAAACUAGUGAGUCUCCUUGUUGCUUCUUCCACCUUUUGUACAAUUCUGUUGGUUGGAAGGUAGAGGAAUUUGUAUGACAGGUCAUAACUUGUGGUCCUAUUUUCUGGUAGUAAAAAGAACAAACCAGCAUUGUCCCCUCAAUAAUAGCCCUUGGGUUCGUCAUCCUAUAAGAGUACAUUUGGUUUUGGAACCUAAAGUUAGAAUUUUACAUUUGUGACUUCUGUUUUGUGUCAUUAGUUCAAUCCUAAUUUCCUAGUUUGAGGUUCUUUUUAAAUUUUGUUCUGUCUUCCAAUGUGCUAGCUACCCCUCCCAUAGAAUCAUAGAGCUUGAAGAGACCACAAGGGCCAUCCAGCCCAAUCCCCUGUUAUGCAAGGAAACACACUCAGAGCACCCCCACAAACUUGAUCUUCUAAUCUAACCCAUCAUAUACAAGGGUUGAAUGAAAAGUAAUGCUUCCACCUUCGUAACUCCUCAACAGAUGGCAGUACUGGUAUGUGGCAGGUAUUGGCUUGUUCAGUAGACUUUCCUCUACAGUUCCAUUUGGCAGGAAGCCUUAGCAUUGAACUGUUGUGUUGUUAAAGUGCGAAGUAUGGAACCCCGCGCAGACGGUCGGUCAAUGCAACUUAAGCAACAUGAAGUCAUUGAAUUUUUGACACCCCAAAGGAGAUUCAUCAGAGAAUGCAAGCUGUUUAUGGUGAGUGUGUUGAUGUGAGUACUGUGUGUCGUUGGGCGAGCAAGUUUAAAGAUGUUGAGAUGGGAACGUCUGACUUGCGUGACAAACAAAGAGUUGGAUGUCCUGUGAAGCAAAAGGUUGGUAGAUUGAUCCAGUAUGAUCGCUAUACCACUCAGAGAGAAAUUUCAACCGUAAUCGGCAUUUCACAAGAAUGUGUGAAUCCGUCUUUCCCCCCUAAAGAUAGAAGCGACUAAAGUCAGUUGCAAUUCUGUCCACUGACAAUUGAGUCUCUCCUUUGCAAAAAGAAGUGACUGAAACCUGGCUGCUUCUCCCCAAAGUCCAUUUCCUAUCUUGUUGGACAGAAAUAUACAGUAGCUAGGUGUUGGUCCCUUCUAUCUACUGAGAAAGGACGUCUCCUUUUCAGUGGGCAGAAAUGCGGCCGGGCUUUUGUUGUUUUUCUCUGUAGAGGAAAGAGGGAGUGUUCUCUUUGAUGAGAGCUGUAUGCACUGCUAAGCAUCCUGUUGGAUUUGGAACCAAGGAAGAGAGCUGUUUUAAGGAACUCAGUGCACUUAAUUUCCCUCUCACUAGCUACAAUAUUGAUUUUGGAAUAACAACAAUAUAGGAAAUUAGAGACAAUAGUCAUUUUCCAAACUUCUGGUGAUAAAUAUCCUAGCACUAGGUAAGCUGAUUAAUAUAGUAAGAAGGCAUUAUUUCAGUUUAAAUUGCUUAUGGCAGACUGGAACACCUCUACAUUGUAACCCUUAUUUUAAAUUUUACUGGUUGUUCUGGAUAAAAACUUACAAACACUGGCCAUGAUAUGAUCCAACUCAUGAGCAGUUGGUGAAGAUUUACCAGACAUAGUGGCAUUGACAGUGAGCUAUGUAGAGACAAGAUUUCCCAUAUUAAGUAAUCAAAAUAACAAGUCCCAGAUUUUUUUUAGUGAUUGAGAAAUAUUGAACUGUUAAAGCCAAAGUCUUCUGUUUUCUUUUUACCCACUCUGCUAUACUGGCAUAGUAUUGUUCUUUUCAAAUUGUGUGGAAGUUGUUGAAGAAGUCCCAGUUAAGGAAGCUGUAGUCUGAUUAUAUAAGACAGACAAUUGGCUGUAUUCUUACUCUGCCAGUGUGAGUUGAUAUGAACUAUAUAGUUCAUAAAGGGCCAUUUUAAUAGACAACUAUAUCCAAAACUUCAUGAAAUGAUGUAGAUGACUAAGUAAGUAGAGGAACCCAACUCCUUUGUUUUUUUUUGGUAUUGCUUCUUGAAAAAACCUAUGGCACAUUUAGAUACACGCGUUUUAAAUUUAAUCUUUUUUUUCAGAUUUGGAGACAAUAAUAUUGCCAGUUAAACUCCCUUAGUUUAUCUAUAGUGCAUUCUAAUGAUUCUAAUUUGAGACACAUCUACGUGAUUGGUAAACUGAUGUAUGAGAAUCUUUCUGGAAUUGUAGCACCUCAAGAGUGCAGGUGUGGGUUUAGCAUCUGGCCUAAGUCCCCUCGGGGAAAUAAUGCGGAAUAUAAAUAAAGUCUUAUUAUCGUUAUUACUUUUUUUUUUGCAUAUAGAAAUCUAGGAUCUCUUCUAAUACAGUACCAAAGCUGCUGCUUCUUGAAAAAUUCUGAAAUGCAUGACAGAAAAUACAAAAAACUGUACCAUCAUCAAAUAAUAACUUCCAUAUUGGUGGAAUAGUGAAUUUAUGUCAGUUUGUAGUCCAGGUUUCUAAGAUGCAGAAGUCUGUCCCUCAGCUAGAUUAAGCACCUUGGACAGUUCAUUUAAUACGUGGGCUAAAACCUGGCGCAAGCUCAUGCCCCACAUAAUAGCCAAUAGCUGCCACUGCUCCAAACAGGAUGUUUUGUCCCAUUUGGUCUACAGGACAAGGACCUUGUACAAAUGUGUUUAAAUAAUUAGAAUAUAAGUUAAUUUCAUGAUGACAUUUUUGAUGCAGUCUGUGCUCAAUAAUAUUUAUUUUUCAUUGAAGGAGAAGACUCUAAAAGUCAAAGAAUUCAUAACAAAGGUGACUACUAGAUGUACAUUUUAGUGCCUUGUCUAUUGUACAAUGUGUAAUCAAAAUGAAGAAUUUCUGAUAAAAUGUAUCUAAUAUUACUAGUAGAAAAAUUGUAUAUGCCCAUGGUUGUUUCCAAUAAAUCAUGAGUUAUGAAUAAA